AAUAACUUGUUAGUGGUGGUCAGACGCUGCUGCUUUUGGUGCAUCACCGUCCACCGGAUGGUUCGGCUCGUGCCUCUUUGUACGUCGACCUGGAGAAGUGGAUCUGAGACGUGGCGGGAUUGUAACUGGAAGUCAGAGGUGUCCCUGCAGCCCUGCAGCUCAGCGGCCAACAUGCGGCUGCUGAGGCACCUGUGAUCCGAGCGACGGAUUGUAUUUACUGUACGUGUUAUCUCUCUGCACUACUUUACCACAACCUGUCGGCGUGCCCUCGCUUUGAAUCACCCUUGUCUAAAUUACCACAGUCAGGUGUGACCCGCUGUGCCGCUAUGACCUCUAAAGACGACUCAAAAUGCCCGGUGGUGCUGGAGGAACGGAGGCGCAGUCCGCUGGAUCAGCUUCCGCCGCCGGCCAACUCCAACAAGCCGCUGACUCCGUUCAGCAUCGAGGACAUCCUCAACAAGCCGUCGGUCAGAAGGAGCUACUCCCUGUGCGGAGCUGCACACCUCAUCUCUCCCGGAGAGAAGCUGCCCUCGGCGGGUCACAGUGUGUCCGGCCGGGCGCUGCUCAGUCAGACCUCUCCGCUCUGCGCGCUGGAGGAGCUGGCCAGCAAAACCUUCAAGGGCCUGGAGGUCAGCGUCCUGCAGGCUGCCGAGGGCCGAGACGGUCUGACGCUCUUUGGCCAGAGGAACACACCUAAGAAAAGGCGAAAGUCCCGCACGGCGUUCACCAACCACCAGAUCUACGAGCUGGAGAAGCGCUUCCUGUACCAGAAGUACCUGAGCCCGGCGGACCGAGACCAGAUCGCUCAGCAGCUCGGCCUGACCAACGCGCAGGUCAUCACCUGGUUUCAGAACCGGCGGGCCAAACUCAAGCGGGACCUGGAGGAGAUGAAAGCGGACGUGGAGUCUGCUAAGUCGGUGGGCACUGUGGCCUUCGAGAAGCUCGCCAAGCUGGCAGAGUUGGAGAAGUGCGCGGCGGGAGGUAUGGGCGGGGGGCCAGUGACAGCGUCGGGCCACACUGAAUCCGACCCGAUUUCAUCCAGGUCCCACCACGACACAACCGAGAGCCUCGACUCCAGCAGGCCGCACAUGUCGCCUCCUUCGCCAGCCUCAUCGCGGUACACAGACCGGCUGAGCAGCAAGUGUUGCUCAGAGGAUGAGGAUGAGGAGAUUGAUGUGGAUGACUAAAUGAUGCCAGUGGUCACAUGUAUGCAGACAGAAACUCUGGCUUCAUGAAACUAUUUAGAGACAGGAGUCAGUGCUUUGAUUUGAGAGAAGCCGCGGGCCUACUGCUCAUUUCUGCUGAGGAACAAGCGCGCGCUCGGAGAGAACACGCGCAACAGAGAAACAACCUUCAAGGACUCAAAAGGCAAGGAAGCAAUCAUGCAGGUGCACACACUAAACACACGAGCCGGUUGUUUAUUCUGGUUACAAUCACAGAAAUAGUUCACCGCAUGUUUUAUUUGCUUUUAUUUUUGGAAAAGGAUUUCUGACUGCGUCAUUUCUGAUGAGCUGGAGCCGACUGUUUUCUGUUUUUUGAUAUGAAUUGUUCAGAAUUGAUAAUCACACACAGAAUCACGUGUAAUUGCUUGUAAUAAAUCUCGAUUUAAUA